AUGUGCCCUGAACAAGCUGGAUUCAGACCAUGGCGUGGUUGUGCUGACCAGAUAUUCACGUUAGAACAUCGCUUUGCUACCUGUCACAUUGUCACGUGUUUCAUCGACUUUGUGGCUGCCUUUGAUUCAAUUGAUAGAGGGGCGCUUUGGUGGAUGAUGGAACGUGACGAUGUUUCAGAGAAAAUCAUUAGACUCAUAAAGGCAGUUUAUGAGCGCAUGUCGGCAAAGGUCUGUGUAUAUGGGGAAUUGACAGAAUCCUUCGAAAUGAGAACUGGCGUUUAUGAGGAAUUAUAUUCGUUGCGCAAAACCACUCAACGUGAUUCUCAUUUGCCUUCUCAUCGACAUGCUGGAUUUAUUAUUAUAAGUUUCAAAGUACUUGAUGGUCAAACCAAUAUAGAAACUUUGCUAAAAAUUUUGAUUUGUUUCGAUAUAAUUUUGAACAAUGAAAUUCAGCUUCAAUCGUUAGAGAAAUCUUGGUUAGCAUGGACAGGCGCUCGAGAAAUAUACAAAUAUUCACCAAGAAACUGGAAUUUAAGACAAAUUUCAUUUUUGCGACUUGCUGAGAAUAAAAAUCUAGUCGGUCGUCCAUUUCCAUAUGUAGUUACAUGCGAAUUUGGAACAAUUUUUCAUCCAUCCAAUAGAUUGAAAGCAAUGGAUCUAUGUGAGAGAUUACGCAUCCGCAACUGUGGAUAUAUUUCCUUGUAUCAGGUUCAAGGAUCAUUUGCAAAUAAUCAUAUCGGAAUUACACCUAAUAAAGAUUCAAAUAAAAGUGGACGUAGAACAAUGCUUCGUGGUUUCUCUUUAGAUGUUACUGAAGCUGGAAACAGCAGUCGGCGUCAUAAAAGUCCGAGAUUGCACGGUCGCAAUCGGUCAAUCAUUUAUAAUCAUGAAGAGAAUUCUCUAAAGGACUUUUUCAUUUUAUCAGUUGUCAUUGCGAUUAGUCAUUCUGAAGAACUGCGAUUCAAAAGUAUUUGUGGAAAACAAGAAAAUGCUGUAUUUAUUGUGAUCUGA